UGUGAGUGUGCGUGAUGGGUCGGUGUGCAGGAGGUACAUGCGGCGGGAUGCUGGCCGAAGAAGUGCACAGCUGCUCCGGCCAACUGCGCUGCCAUAUAGACACUGAUAUCAAGUAGGAUGAGGUAUAAUCAGCUGUCCCGCUAUAUUGUCCUACAAACAUCAGCAUGCAAGAGUCCGGACACAUCAAGCGUGACCGCCUCCUGUCCUGACAGCCCGGCUGCUGCGCGGUCUGCACCGUGACGGAGACGUUCGCUGUCCCCCGGUUACCGACGGGGUCUCAUCCCUCCUGCAGGCUGUCUGUCUCUCUCUCUCUCUCUGGACCAUACAUCGAUUUUACUCUCGCCUGUAUUUAGCGUUGAUUGACGUGCGUGACAAGAAAGGUGACUGAUGCUUUUCCUCUCUGUGGAUUUGUGAGAUCACCUUUGCGGUUCACCUUGGAAAUUAAAUAAACAAACAAACAAACAAGAGAAAACGCAUGAAAGGUUGAUGGAUCACGUGCAGCAGAAACAAAUCAGCACAGACCCUUGUGGUCCCAAAGUGCAACACAGACCCUGUGCAUUCAAUGGUCCAGUCUUACCUCCACAGCUCGCAAUCCAGAAACCGCCUCCCAUCAGCCCAUCAGAGGUGCACAAGAAACAGUCUGGACUGAGCCCAGUUCAGGCUGCGGUUGCACCUAUGAAAGUGACAGAUCAAAUGCAGUCAGGCCAUGCAAAGUCUGGAUCCACUCCAGCAACACUGGCUAGUAUAAGUCGGCCCAGACCGACUGCUCUUGGGACUAAACCUGCUCCAAAGCCGACCCGAAUCUCAUUAGAACCCUCCAAGGAAAUAGAUUUGAUUCCAGUUUGCAUCCCAGGACCUCAGAGUCCCAACGUCCUGCCGCACUCCCCAACGCAGUCCUCCUUCCCUCUUCACAGUCCUCAACGUCCCCACAGCCCUCAGCCUUACCUGAGCCCCAAUGCCAGCCUUAGCCCCAAACCCAGCUUCAGUCCUCAGCCACAGAGGAGCCCCUCACCUGUGAGCACCACACAGAGCCAAGUGCAGUCUGAAAAGACAAGUGGAGAUAACAAUGACUUCAGGGUGUACAUCGUCACAUGGAACGUGGGCUCAGCUGUCCCGCCAGAUGACAUCACUUCUCUGUUCGGACCAAAUGUUUCAGAUGGGAGUGUUGACAUGUUUAUCAUCGGACUUCAGGAAGUAAAUUCCAUGAUAAACAAGCGGCUGAAGGAUGUUCUUUUCUCAGACCAGUGGACCGAGCUUUGCAUGGACACACUCAGUCCCUUUGGAUAUGUUUUGGUGGCGUCCCAGCGAAUGCAGGGAGUGCUGCUGCUGGUCUUCUCUAAAUUCUGCCAUCUUCCAUUUCUCAGAGGUGUGCAGAGAGAGAGUACACGCACAGGACUUGGGGGAUAUUGGGGGAACAAAGGCGGUGUCAGCGCGAGGAUGACAAUAUUUGGCCACCCGGUGUGCUUCCUCAACUGUCACCUGCCAGCUCACAUGAGGAACCUGGAGCAGCGGAUGGAGGACUUUGAGAGUAUCCUGCAGCACCAGCAGUUUGAAGGAGGGACGGCCACUGGUGUACUGGACCAUGAUGUCGUGUUUUGGUUUGGGGAUUUAAAUUUCCGCAUUGAAGACUAUGACAUCCAUGUGGUGAAAUGUGCCAUCGACAGCAGUAAGCUGCCUCUGCUGUGGGAGCGAGAUCAGCUCAACAUGGCUAAAAACACAGAGUCCAUCCUGGAAGGCUUCAUGGAGGGACCACUAAAAUUCCCACCUACUUAUAAGUUUGAUGUGGGCACUCACACGUACGACACCAGUGCUAAGAAGAGGAAGCCAGCCUGGACAGAUCGCAUCCUCUGGCGCCUCCGUCGCACUGGCUCCCCAGUUCCUACCCACAAUGCAGCACUGCAGCGGGGUCUCACUUCGUGGUUGGGUGGGGCAACUAAAGUGACGCAGCACACGUACCGAAGUCACAUGGGCUACACCAUCAGUGACCACAAGCCUGUUUCUGCUCUGUUUACACUGCAUUUCCCAUUCAAGGUGGAUAUGCCACUGGUGGAGCUGCAGGUAAACAAGGAGUGGUGUAAAGUCUCUGAUGCCACAGUCAGGUUCACUGUGGCAUCAACUUAUCAGCGCAGCUCAUGGGACUGGGUCGCGAUAUACAAGGUUGGAUUUAGACAUCACAAAGAUUACCAGGCAUACGUGUGGGCCAAGGGAGAGCAUGUGACACAGGUGACAUUUUCAGAGGAGGAUUUGCCAAGAGAUGAUUGUGAAUACAUCCUGGGUUACUACAGUAAUAAUAUGAACAGCAUUGUUGGACUGUCAGCACCCAUUCAGAUCACGAUUCCAGUCCACAGCCCCACCGCGCGGCGCUCCGACAGCUCAGACUUAAGCUCUGAGGAUGACAGCACCUUGGUUCUGCUGGCUCCAGACUCCCGCAGCCCGAGCCCUAAAACCAGCAAACACCACCAUAGCACUCGCCGUAGCCGCAGCCCUGCUGUUCCAGCUCUUUCAUCCAAACCCCUCCCGUCCCUGCAGGGCCUCAGCCUCUGCCCCCGCUCCAAAGAUGCCCAGAAUCGUAGUCGCUCACCCUGCUCUGCCGCUAAGAAGGAGCGACUGGUCUCCCCUGACGCUAUUGCGUCUCCCACCAUCAGCCCACUCAGUCCCCGAAGCCCCGUGUCUCCAGGUGGCAGCGUCACCGUACCAGAGGCUCUGAUCGCUGCCAUCUUAGGGGAACACAGACCAGCUCAGGUUAGCCCCACAGGGGUCAAACAGAUAGGAAAAGCAGGGGAAACAGACACUUCAUAGAAUAUAAAACAUCAAUAGAUCAAAAAGGAGGUUCAGUGAGGAGAACGAUGGCAAUACCCAUGCAUCCAGAGUCUGAUCUGACCCCUCACUGUCACUGUGCUCGUAGAAGCAGCACAUUUAAUGACUGGUAAUGUAGUUUGCAAACAUUCCGCCUUGUAGCCCUGCAGCUCUCUGUUUCUGAAUCUACCAUCAUCUCAUACACUGUGUGUAUCUCAGAGUCAAAGAUGUGUCUGGACUCCCAGUGACAAGUGCUUUUAUAGACUCAUAAGCUAUAUCAUACGUAAACAAACAUAUUGAAUGUGAAACCAAAGUCAGAGUAAAUCUGUGGCGGAUGUGACCAGUUAUUAUUGACAGCAAUAUGGAUCCAUGUAAACAGUCUUGUAUCAAAGUAAGGACCCUGGAUCUGAAGUAUUGAUGGUAUCAAAGUCCACAACAGAGAGAGUGUGUUUGUUUGUGGCUGUGUGUGAGUGUGUGUUUGUGUGUGGGGGGUGUUUGUAUAGGCUUAUGUGUUAAACCAUAAAUUAAAAGUGUGAAAUAUAGUGUAAAAAUUUAACUCUAUAGUUCUUGGUCUGUAUUCAUAAAUUGAAUGUAAUGUUACCAAGAGUAGCGAAAGAGCAUUUUACCACUUCAGUCAAUCUACCAUUUACAUGUGACUGUGUGACUUGAAAAGUAAUCCUCGAUCAAUGGUCUUAUUCUUAGCAGCUUUGUGAAUACAGCCCCUGUUCUAUAGAGCUCAGUGAGUGGAUGUUUAGGCUAAUGUGUUUCAGGUUUUGCUUCAAGGAAAACAUUGUUAUUUGAUUGUGUGAAUGUGCAAAUAAAAAGAACAAA